GAUAUAUCGUCACUACAUCAAGGCUGACUGAAAUAGGCAGAUCGGACGUGAAACUGUCACAAGUCGAUCCCAGACUCGGCCAAUUUCGACGGGGAUACUAUCAGAUCGUCCGCCAGCAACGAAUCCGGUAUGGUCGUUUUUCCGGACUCGUCGACUGAGCCGACGCUGUUGAACGUAACCGAUAUAAAGUUAAACAACCGCGAGGACCGCGAUGAGCAAUUAGAAAACAGAUCGGACGCUAUGAAAGUAAAGGAUCACGCGUUCACCAUAUCGCGGGUUAACAUGUGGGACGGCAAGGACAAUUACGCGUUGGAUUUCGAUUGUAUGGAGAAGGCCAACGAAAGCAAGGUGAACGGAUCGACGGAGAUCAAAGCGGAACCGGACGUUGUGAAGAAAGUCGCAGCGGGUCUGAGAACCCCUAACGGACAAAAGAACAAAGGGGACAUGCCACUGCCCCCUCAUGGCGAUGGAUCGCUUUCCAGUGGAAGUUCCUUAGUGACGAUCUCUUCCGUCACAAAUUCAGAUACCGAUCCGGACUUCCGUAAUAACCCGGCUGGUUUCGGCAACAACAUCCAGCACGAGAAAUGGUACCAAACCACCCUUCAGGUCGCCGUACCGUUCUUCAUCGCCGGGAUCGGGACGAUCGGGGCCGGUCUGGUUCUCGCAGAGGUCAAGGACUGGAAAGUGUUCAAAACCGUUAGCCAAUUAUUCAUUCUGGUGCCCUCUUUGCUAGGCCUCAAAGGCAAUCUCGACAUGUGCCUGGCCUCCCGUCUUUGCACGCAGGCGAACUUGGGGAAUAUGCACGGUGUCCGUGAGAUCAUGAAAAUGAUUAUCGGUAACAUCGCCCUGGUACAGAUACAGGCGAUCGUCGCCGCUGUAUUGGUGUCGAUUUUCGCAGUUGUAGUCGACGCGAUCGCGGAGGGUAACACGUACGAUUUCAAGUGGGAACACUGUCUCUUAUUGGCCGCGUCUAGCGUGUCCACUGCCACCAGCUCCUGCUUCAUUCUAGAUUUUGUAAUGAUCGCCGUCAUUAUGGUAUCGUAUCGAUGCAAAAUGAACCCGGACAAUUUGGCGACGCCCUUAGCCGCGUCUGUCGGUGAUGUUGUGUCGUUGAGCGUGCUAUCGGCCAUCGCGUCGACGUUAUUCGAGAGAAUGCAAACGCAGAUGUGGGUCCUGUUCGUCAUACUCGGCUGUUACUUUUUGAUAUUGCCGUUCUGGAUCUACGUUGUCCUAAAAAAUAAAUACACUAGGAACGUUUUAACAUCCGGUUGGGUUCCCGUUCUAUCCGCUCUGUUUAUUAGUGGAUUCGGUGGUUUAAUCCUCGAUCGUGUCGUCGACGACUUUCAUGGAUUUGUGAUCUUCCAACCGAUCAUAAACGGAAUCGGCGGUAAUUUAGUCUCCGUACAAGCAUCUCGAAUCUCGACCACGUUACAUCAGACAACGAUUAUGGGAAUUUUACCGCCGUCUUCGAAAAUGUGGGUUAGCCCGUGGACGGCGCUCUUUAGAGGCUCGCCGUACGCGAAAACGGCCAGAAUACUCAUUUGCAUGGCGGUGUUCGGCGAGCUGAUCUUCAUUUUUCUCGCGGAUUACAUGAAGCACGGAUUAUCCACGUUGCACAUAUACUUCGUGGUCUCGUAUCUCAUGGUGGCCGUUUUUCAAGUCAUGCUGCUGCUCUAUGUGGCGCAUAUCAUUAUCCACGCUAUGUGGCGGCACAAAAUCGAUCCGGACAACUCGGCCAUUCCGUACUUGACUGCGUUGGGCGAUCUCACGGGAACGCUGUUCCUUGCGGUGGCGUUCUGGUUCCUCAUAAACAUACACCAAGAGUACGGGAAAUAAUUUCCAUGAAACCCUUUAAAACCGUCGAUGCCGUGAAGAUAGAGCGCAAUAAUAAAUUGCGUAUAUACCAGCGUGCCUUU